CAUCCAAACUUCCACUGACUGCAGUCGAUCAAUAUGCCGAAGCAUGUGUGUGAAAGGAAACUGAAGCAGUGACUGGAUUUGAACAGUUUGGUUUCAUGGAGCUGGGGAGCGCGCGCUGUUCUGCCUCCUUGGAUGAGCUGAUCCAAUAACUGCCACUGCGCGUGGAGAACUUGUCGUCUCCACUCGCGAAUGCACACCGACCUGAAGCUUCUUCCUUCUACUUCUCCGGUUGAUGCCGAGGAUCAUGACCAUGAACGGUGACCAGCAGCAGCACUCGGUCGCCACAGCGCCGCUGGAUUUGCGCACCACCAACAGAGAGCGUAGGAGUCCGGAGUGCAGCGGGUCGCAGGGGUCACGUCAGCAGGAGCGCUCACCUGCGCACACGACGGGGACUCAAAGUUUGGAAACACACGGCGCCACCGUCAGGAGAAGCGCCCCGGGCUCGGAACACGGCGCUGCUGCUCGCAAGCGGCCGGCGGACACUUCUUCCCUCAAGCUUCCUUUUAGGAAACGACCGUGGAUCCCCGUGGAGCCGGAGACACGGACACAGUCACAGACACAGACACGGACACAGACUCAGACAGAAACACAGCCAUCGCCUCCAUCUGAGAGUGGACACCGCGUCUCUCCUGUGAUUGUGGGACACACGGAUUUGACACAUCGGGACAGUUUGGAAAGACCGGUGGAUGAAAACAGACUCAGUGCAGCAACGCUGACUCCCAGGCGGACUGAGGAGACGGAGCUGAGCGCAGACAGACGCCUCUUACGCCGCCUGCACCCAGUUAAUUACGGCCAUUACCCUGUGUACUAUUUGCCCACAGUGGGAGAUAUGAAUCACCCUCUGAUUCAGCAAACGGAUAACCUGCUGGCUGGUAUCGCUCUGGCCACACAUCAGGAUGAGGAUGGAGACACAGCUCUCCAUAUAGCUGUGGUGCAGGGGGAGCUGGCCGUGGUCUGUACACUGAUCCAUCUCCUGCUGUUGGCUCCCAAAAGCGUUGAUGUCUACAACAACCUCCGUCAGACUCCCCUUCACUUGGCAGUAAUAACCCAGCAGCCAGACAUGGUGGGUGUUUUGUUGAGAGCAGGAGCCGACCCUACUGCCUUGGACCGUCACGGCCAAACAGCGCUUCACCUCUGCUGUGAAUACCACCAGCGUGAAUGUCUUUCUGUGGUGCUCUCUCGCUCCUCGUCCCCCACAUGCUUGGAGAUCAGAAACUAUGAGGGUCUGAGUCCUCUCCACCUGGCUGUGCUGCGUGGUCAUAAGGAUUUAGCCAGAAUGCUGCUGGAUGCAGGAGCUGACAUCAAUGCAAUGGACAUCAAAAGUGGCCAGAGUCCUCUCAUGCAUGCGGUUGAGAGCAAUAACGCAGACAUGGUCCACUUCCUCAUUGAGAAUGGCUCUGAUGUCAACAGCCAGUCCUACAGUGGGAAUACGGCCCUGCAUGGUGCGUGUGGCCGAGAUCAGGCGGACACGGUGCGGCUGCUGCUGAAGAGUGGAGCAGACAGCAGCCUCAAGAACUACCACAAUGACACUCCUGUGAUGGUGGCCAAGAGCAGGAAAAUCGCGGAUGUGUUGCGAGGGAGAGGCUCCAAAUACAUUAGGCUUCAAGAUCAACACUGUGUUUCAGUCUCACCACAUGGAAGCAACUUAUCAGAAAAUGGGUCCUCAUCUCCCAGCCAGAGUCGCGGAUGUUCGCCUUUGACUACACCGCACACUCCUCACCGUAGCACAUCCCACUCUCCAAAGACUCCAUCUGUGCCUGUAUUUCCAUCUUACUAGCUUAAGGUUAGGUCACCAAAGCAACUACCUCGACACAGCCAAACAGCAGAGAGACAGUCAAGACUCCACUGCCUUCAGAGAGCGCUCUAAAGAACGUUCAGAACAGACCAGCAGCACAUUUCAGACUUCCCUACCAACCUGUUCUCAUCCCGACAGCGUCAUAUCCUGACGCUCGCCACGUCUCUCAGCGUCGCCUUACAGAAGGUAUACUUCAGCGUCUGAAACAGAUUCACCAGGCUUUCAAUUGACUCUAAUGUAAACCCACUGGGAGGGUAUUUAGAUGCAGAGAGCAGAGCAGCAGUAAAGUAAAGGUGUGAGUAUGAGGUUAGCAUUAGGCCCAAGAAAAGGACUGAGGUUACCGUUAGGGCCAAGAUAGAGACUGAGAUUAACGUUAGGGCCAAGAUAGGGACUGAAAUUAGUGUUAGGGCCAAGAUAGAGACUGAGAUUAACGUUAGGGCCAAGAUAGGGACUGAAAUUAGUGUUAGGGCCAAGAUAGAGACUGAGAUUAACGUUAGGGCCAAGAUAAAGACUGAGAUUAACGUUAGGACCAAGAUAGGGACUGAAAUUAACGUUAGGGCCAAGAUAGGGACUGAAAUUAGUGUUAGGGCCAAGAUAGAGACUGAGAUUAAUGUUAGGGCCAAGAUAGGGACUGAAAUUAGUGUUAGGACCAAGAUAGGGACUGAAAUUAGUGUUAGGGCCAAGAUAGGGAUUGAAAUUAGUGUUAGGGCCAAGAUAGGGACUGAAAUUAGUGUUAGGGCCAAGAUAGGGACUGAAAUUAUUGUUAGGGCCAAGAUAGAGACUGAGAUUAACGUUAGGGCCAAGAUAGGGACUGAAAUUAGUGUUAGGGCCAAGAUAGGGACUGAAAUUAGUGUUAGGGCCAAGAUAGGGAUUGAGAUUAGCGUUAGGGCCAAGAUAGGGAUUGAGAUUAGCGUUAGGGCCAAGAUAGGGAUUGAAAUUAGUGUUAGGGCCAAGAUAGGGACUGAGGUUAGAAAUUAGGAUAAAUAUCCAAAUUACGCUUCAUGUCCGUGUUCACACUAGUAGAGUAUAGAAAAAAAAGACUAUAUAUGUUUCUCAUCGGUGACUACUUAGCCCCGACAUGAUGACAUUAAAGUGUGGAUGGACACUCAGGGCAGCUGCUCUGACCAUCUAAAUGUACCACCUGCAGUGUCUCUUUCAGACUUGGAUGGAUGCAGAGGGACGUGACAGAGCAGCAGUAAACGAUGCUGUCCCUACAGACUGGGGAAACUUAUUUUCCUGGACUUCAUGACAGAAGACAAUUAUGAGUCUUUGCUCUUCUUUGGCGUUGAUGGAUGGACAGUGAUCCCACUUAUCCAGCUGCUCUUUUUCCACAUGACUAUGAGCAAAAUUGGUCACCCACAAGCUGCUUCAGUUCUUCUUUUAUGUGACAUUCUCUUUCACUCUUUUCACUGUAAGGCUUAAAGCUGCAGUAGGAACGAUCGCUGG